AUGAUGUUCCCCAGCCUCAUCGCCCCUCCAGCCGUCUACCCCAGCCUCCUCCGGCCGACCCCCACCCUCACCUUGCCUCAGUCGCUGCAGUCAGCGUUUUCCAGCCAUUCCAGCUUCCUAGUGGAAGACUUGAUCCGGAUCAGCAGGCCCACCAGUUACCUGCCCAGGACUGCCCCCCCGCCCAGCAUGUCCCCCCCGACCUCGGCGGCCAGGACGGACUCAGGGACGCCGGAGCUCCCCAGCUCCACCACCGCCGGCUCCAGGAGGAUCUGUUCGCCGCAGACUUCCAGCAGCGACUCCACUUUCCUGAAGUUUGGAGUCAACGCCAUCCUCUCCUCCGCCCCCCGAGCCGAAACCUCCCCUGCGCUGCUUCAGAGCGUCCCGCCAAAGACUUUCUCCUUUCCGUACUUUGAAGGAUCCUUCCAGCCCUUUAUCAGAUCUUCCUAUUUCCCAGCUGCCUCUGCCGUGGUCCCCAUCCCUGGCACCUUCUCCUGGCCUCUGGCUGCCCGCGGGAAGCCCCGCCGCGGGAUGCUGCGCCGCGCCGUGUUCUCCGACGUGCAGCGCAAAGCGCUGGAGAAGAUGUUCCAGAAGCAGAAAUACAUCAGCAAACCCGAUAGGAAGAAGCUGGCAGCCAAGCUGGGCCUCAAGGACUCACAGGUGAAGAUCUGGUUCCAGAACAGGAGAAUGAAAUGGAGGAACUCCAAAGAGAGGGAGCUCCUCUCUUCAGGUGGCUGCAGAGAACAGACCCUGCCUACCAAGUUCAACCCUCACCCAGACCUCAGUGACGUGGGCAAGAAGUGUUCAGGCGAGGAGGAGGAGGAGGAAGUUCCCCCCGUGUGCCCACCCAGCCCUCGGCAUUCCUUAACCUACCACCAGUCCCCAGAACAUCUACACCUGAGGGACAGACUGGACUCCCAGAUAUCUCCUUCACCAUCCCAUUCUAGCAGCCCCAGCAAACCUUCAGACUUCUCAGACUCUGAGGAAGAGGAUGAUGAAGGAGAAGAGGAAGAGGAGGAGAUAACUGUCUCUUAGAUCGCUUGCCUGCCCCUACCGUCACGAGGGGACACUGCAAAGAUGUAAAUAAAACAGAGUGCUAUAAAUUGAAGAGGUGAUGUCCCACCCCAAUGUCCACAUGCUUCUUCAGUGCAGGUUCCUUAUCACAUGGCUGCAAGCCUUCGUACUCACUAGUAUUCCUUAUUUGUUGCCCCAUGGGGAGGUUUUCACAUUCAUAGUAUCUACCAACCUUUUCAUAACUCUCUCUGCUUAACAAUCAAUAUUUGCUCAAUUAGUUUACCACCUCCCAAAAAAAACCCAGGCAACAGGCAUCUCCUGGCUUUACAGCAAGGAGGGAAGUAUAGCCUGUUGGAAGGGGAAACCUUUUCCCCCUGAUAAGGAACAUCAAAAAAAAUUCAAUACAGAUGCUGUGGCCAUUUUUGCUACCUUUCAAGUGAAUUUCCAGAUGCCAUUAAGAUAUCAAAACCCUGAAGGCUGGUCUGAUCUAGCAGCCCUUUCCUCCUAAAGUAAAUAACACUGAGGGACACAGACCAAGCGCUGCCUCCCUCCUCACACCAAAUAGCACCAUACGUGUGCAUCAGAUCCAUUGAAAUCCCUGGAAUGACUUCUAAGGUAUAAAGUGAAUGUGCCUUGUGUAACAGAAAUCUUAAAUAUUUAUGUUUUUCAUUUUAAUUUAUGCCUCAAUAUUGUAUU